GCCAAGACAGAAAUGCUGCUACAUGCUGCGCCAAAUGGCAGUUUUUCGCGUAUAUUGCGCCAUGCCUGCGCCGAGGCCAACGUUUUGUGACGCUCGCCACCACGGCCAAUGGUUCCGAAACCGAAACAGUGCCGAAAAAGCAGCCAAGCCAAGCCUAUCUUCAGCCACUGCUAGCCGUGUGCGAAGCGUUGGCUAGUGGCCAGAGAACGUCGCACCAGUCACACGUGCUGGGCGCAUUGGCCGUUCCGGCAGGCAACGAAAUGGCUUUUACGAGGAAAGGUCGUCAAAGCAAGUUUAAUAACCAAGUGCUCAAUGAGAUUGAUUCCAACAGUGACAUCAUCUCUGUUUGGUGCAGACAAGGGAUAAAACAAGAAGAAGCAUUCUGCACCAUCUGCAACACUAUCAUAAACUGUGCACAGCAUGGUGUAGCGGCUGUCAAGCGUCAUGCUGCCAAUAAGAGUCACGUUGAGUUGUGCACUCAACAUAGAGAUGCUUCUGGUGUUCUAAAGAAGCCUGCUACUAAGCAAGUUCAGCUGGAAUCAUGCUUUGCAACUGGGCCAUGGCUUUCGGAGGCAGACCGUGAUGCUCGAGCAGAUACUUAUUUUGCGCUUGGAGUGGCGUUGUCUGGGAUCCCUUAUACAUACGGGGAUGUAGCAACGAAGAUGAUGCCGUUGAUGUUUCCAGACUCUAAAAUAGCCAAGGAGUUCCAGUGUAGUAGGAAGAAGCUAUCAUACAUAAUUUCAGAUGGCCUAGGUCCAUAUUUUAAGAAGGCAGUCACAGAUGAACUGAACAGGCCACACACAUAUUACACAAUUCAGAUCGACGAAACACCGCUCCCAGAGCAACGCUGCCAACAGCUGGGGUGAUGGCCAGAUAUUUUUCUGAUACACAGAAGGGUGUUGUUGUUGAGCAUUUGCGCUCUUAUCACUUGGGCUCUGCAACAACAGAAAUCUUGCUGGCACAUGUCAAAGAAGCCCUGCAAGAUUUGCCUGCAAGGAACAUGCUCUGCUUUUACAGUGACAGGCCCAACGUCAUGCGAAGUUUGAAAAAACGUUUGAAAGAAGAUGUGAAUCCAGCUUUGCUGGACAUUGGUGAAUGUAGUUUGCACAAGGUGCAUAAUGCAUUUGAAAAAGGUCUCGAAGCAUUUGGUGAUACUGUAGAAACAACGUUGCUUGACAUAUAUCACUUUUUCAAAAAUUCAGCCGUACAAAGUGCUACGCUGAAGGCAACACAGAGAUUCCUAGGCUUGCCUGAAAAUGUCCUUCUGCGGCAUGUGAGCUCGCGAUGGCUGACGCUGAGUUCAGCUUUGGAUCGAUUUAUCCAGCAACAUGAAGCUGUCAAGGAAACAGUUCUGGGUGCCCAACAAAAAAGUCGAGCGGGUGGCAAUAUUUAUAGGCGUCUGAAAGAAAAUCUGAUGAAAAAGGAUCUACUUCCCAAGGCAAUCUUUCUUCGAAAUGUCGCAGAUGUGUUUGUUGAGUUCUUGACGUUAUUUCAACGACGGGAGCCACUCCUCCAUAUAUUGUAUGAAGAAAUGGUGAAGCUUGUGAAAAGAA